UUAGAGCAGUGGCCACUGGUUCACCACAGCUUUACGCACAGCUCUCCAAAUGCACAAAUGUGAAAAACUUCGCAAGGAACACGCUUUUUAACUUCGCCUUCGUUAUGUGUUGAUAUUUAUAAAUUAACAUGGAGGUUAAUACAACGCUAUCAGGACGCAACUUCAUAGACUUGCGCAUCUUAACGCAGAAACUUCUUUCUUCGGUGAACCGGUCCCAGCAAUUUCUGGACAAUGAAACGGAGAGCGUCUCCGAGGAGGAUUUGGAUGUGAAUACAGACAUCUAUUCUAAAGUUUUGGUCACUGUCAUUUACGUGGUGCUGUUCGUGAUCGGAUGUUUGGGAAACUCGAUCACCCUGUACACGCUUCUCACGAGGAAAUCUCUUCAGAACCUCCAGAGUACGGUGCACUAUCACCUGGCCAGUCUGGCCAUUUCCGAUCUGCUCAUCUUGAUCCUCUGCAUGCCCAUUGAGUUAUACAACUUCAUCUGGGUGCAUCACCCGUGGGCUUUUGGGGAGGCUGUUUGUAAAGGGUACUACUUUCUGCGGGACGGCUGCUCGUAUGCGACGGCGUUCAACAUCGCCAGCCUGAGCGUGGAGCGCUUCAUGGCCAUCUGCCACCCGUUCAAGGCGAAGAGCAUCAUGUCGCGAAGCCGCACCAAGAAACUCAUCAGCGCCAUGUGGGUUGCGUCUUUUCUCCUGGCCACUCCGAUGCUCUUCACCAUGGGACAGCGGCUGAGCACAGAUGAAGUUAUUUGCACCACCAUCGUGUCCUCGAUAACUGCUAAAACCGUCCUACAGGUGAAUGCCGUCCUGUCCUUUGUGGUUCCCAUGGCAGUGAUCUCAGCAUUAAAUGGAGUCAUAGCCAGUCAGCUGCUGCGCAUGUUUCGGGAGUCUGCUCAGGACAAUCGCUUCUGUAUCAUCGGAGGCAAUGCUACCAUGCUCAGUGUUGCCGUUGAACCCAACCGUGCCCAAUCAAUGCGCCAUGGAGUCAUGGUGUUGCGUGCCGUGGUCAUUGCUUUUGUGGUGUGCUGGCUGCCAUACCAUGCCCGAAGACUAAUGUACUGCUAUGUCACUGAAUGGACACCUGCUCUCUACGAUUUCUACCACUACUUCUACAUGGUCACCAAUGUGCUCUUUUAUGUCAGCUCGGCCAUCAACCCCAUCCUCUACAACCUCGUCUCUGCCAAUUACCGGCAAAUUUUUUUUUCCACCCUUCGCUACCUAAUCCUGCCGUGCCGCCAUAAGAAACAGAAGCGCAUUCUCACCAGACACUCUAUCAGCAUCUGCAGCAACCAGACCUUCUCCACCAAUGUCAUCAAAGAAACCAUUUACUGAAUGUUGUCAAGAUUCAGCCAUUCCAUUCCUCUAUUUCACUCAGCCAAGGAGAGACCGGUGAAGCAAAGAAUGUUUUCAUAUUGAGUUAUUAUUACAGGAAUUCAUUAUGCCCAUGCUAGUGAAUCACCAUAUGGAGCUUUUAAACAGUGCAGAACUGGCACCAGAGACAAUGUUUGUAGGAGGAAAUGUAGCACAAAACACACGAAAAAAAACAAAGAACAAUGUGUCAGAAUGGUGUAAAUACAAAAAAAAGCUUAUGUAUAUUCAGAUGUUCAUAGUUUCUCAUUCAAAGUAUAAAUAUAUCUAUGUUGUGCAGCUAAAAGAGUGAAAAGAGACAAAAAUAUUAUGAAGGGAACAGACUGCAGACAGUCACUGUUGUGUACACAGUCGUUAUAUCCAGUUUAUAUAAUUUAUCAACACUGGAAUAUUUGUGAACACAAGGACAAACGCCAUUUCGAAUUUUAUUUCAUUCACUGGCACACAACAGGGGCUUUCAAAGCGGAGGCUGCCACAUUGUCAAAGAAGUGACUUUUGCUCGCAACACACCGAGACACUGUCACCAUUCUGUCGCCUUAGCAACAGUCUAUGUGCAAAAAAGGCAGUUCUCUUGUGUGCAAACUGAAGAAGAACGCAGGAUGACGAGCAUAAAUGAUUCUCUCAGUCUAAAGCAGCCUCAUUUAAACACUGCCUUGUUCUGCAAUUCGCAGAGAGAGGGGAGAGUCUUUAAAUUGCAAUGAUAGAAUGUGCAACAGGCUCACUGGGAAAACGUGCCUCUGCUUACAUUUUUACACAACUCCAAAAAUGUAUUUUGAAAUAGAAUUCACUGCAGUUUCUGUCUGAAAUGAACACUAGUUUUAUUCAGUUUUCACAGAUUAUGAUUACAGGGGCAGAUUAUUUCAUAAAUGCUUUUAUUAACACAGUUUUAGGGUACUUCAGGGUUAAUAAAAGCAUUUUAUCUGCAACAAGUAGUGCAGUAACGGAGUAAGAAGUGAGGCUGAAAUAAGACUAAAUAUCUUACAUCAUUUCGCUUAUCUAGUAAAUGCAUCUUGUUUUAAGAAUUUUUAGAUAUUUUGACUAGAAACAGUACAAAAUUACUAAGUAAGAUAAGCCUCUUUUUUGCAGUGUGAUAUGUGCCUGUGUUACUUUAUGUAACAGAAAAAAAGGAAUGGUUAAAUUAAGAUCAAUCAUCAUUAUAACUAUGUUUGUUUAUACACACAAAAUGUAAAUAGAUCCUAUAUUUAUCAGUAAAACUGCAUAUAUGAAAGACAUAAAAGGAAUAUGUUUAAAAUGAACAUUUACUCAUGUUCGUACCAACUAUUUUCUAUGAAUGUGGACUGAAGCUUCCAGACGUCAACAAGAGUAAAUAAUAAAUUAUAAACGCACAAAUGAAAUGGUGACAAUUUAAAUGUAUGAGUAACCCAUUUGCAAUAGGGAUGGAAACUAUUCACUCUGUAAACUCUGAUUCUGUAAAAAGCAGAACGGUCUGACUUUAGCUUUAUGAAACUACACUACAUAAAACAUGUGAAUGAAACAAAAACAACAGAUGAGCUGAAUGAGAACACAAAUUCACUCUCUGACAGCAGGUGGCGCUUACGGAACAGCUGCAAUAUAGCGUUUCCUUGGUUAAUGCUGUUGCGCUUAUGAUAACCUGAUGAUAACCUGAUCUCAAGCGCAGAGUUGCGCUUAUGAUAACCUGAUCUCAUGAUGAAGACACAAAAUACUUACCUAUAAGGCCGCGUGUCCACCAAAGCAUUUUUCCCCACGGCUAGCGUAUUUCGAUUUCGAUUGUUCUCAAUGGGAGCACAGUGUUUUUUAAAAUGCCAGGAGCGUGCCGAGCACUGAACGUCUUUUUUGUGCUAAACGUUCGGAUGUUUUUUUCUCCGUGCCGAGAGUUGAAGAAUGUUCAACUUUGAGUGAAACGCUGCGCUCAUCACUGUCACUUUCUAGUCAGCCGACCAAUCAAAUCGGAGGAGGGGCGGGACUAAUACUGAUCACCCUGCUUGUGCUUCGACUGAACAACACUGGAGAAGUUAAUAUUGCUUGUCUCUGAGUAUUUAUGUCUUUACCAGAUGACAGAAAAUGCCAGACUACCAUACUAUUGUUAGGACAAUUAAUGCUUGGAGAAACAUUUUUAUUCGCGAUACGUCUGCCAUUACUUAAGCAGAUAAUCCGCAUCAUAACAACCAUAGCGUCUCAAUGGAAAAAAAUGCUACUUAGGAUAUGGAAUCCUUGGGUACAAAUCCCAUGAAAAACAUGACUCACGAUGAAAAAGCUGAAGAGAUCAAUAAAGCUGAGAGAUCGAAAAAACAAGCUAAAACGGCAUGAUUUUGUUUUUACAUCACAUUCUCGCUUUUGUUCAUACUAUCGGGUAGGUUUACGUGUAGUGCAGAUGGUCGUUAUUUGAAAAUGUCACAGUGCAUUAGAGUUAUAGCGCCACUUAAUGAACAUUUCAAAUCAGAACUGCAGUGAGUUCAAAAACAAAUGCCACAUAAAACAUACCAUAUGUAUGUUUAUCUGUUCCUGGGGGGAAAAAACAAACACUCUUUUAGCGCCACUCAGUGGACAUUUCACAUCGAAUAUGUCACGAAACGCACAUGGCAGAACAUAAUUGGUAUCUUGCGAAAAAAUUCCCACAGGUACAUUUUUGUCAUGAGAUCGGGCCCGCUUACGAACAUUAUUUUAAUAUGCAUUAUACGGAGGCAAGAAAAAAAAAGAAAAUACCAUCUAAACUUUUUUGAAGACAGUCAAUUCCCCUCAGAGAUGGAUUAAUUUAACUCUCACCCCUAAUUAUAUUGCAAUUCGUUUAACAUCUCAACUGACUUGAAUCGUCACAUAUUUGAAUCAAUUUUCAACUUGCUUGGGGUGCAUUGCUGCAGCCCAACUUUGAAAUAAUAUAUUUAUUUUGCAUUCUUAUUCACAAAAUUCUGCUUCAGGUUCAGGUUAAAACAUCUAGUAAAGUGAAGUAAAAAAAGUAUACUAUAUAUCUAUAGUAUAUCACUACAGGUGAUACAUUAUUUUCAAACUUAGAGCAUUAAAGAGAUAGUUCAUCCAAAAAAUAAAAUUAUGUCAUUAAUUACUCGUCUAUAUGCCGUUUCAAACCCAUAAAACCUUUAUUCAUCUUCGGAACACAAAUUAAGAUAUUUUUGAUGAAAUAAAAGUGCUUUCAAACCCUCGAUUGACCUCAAGGGUAGUACCACAUUCAAGGCCACCACAUUUAUAUUCAAGAGUUGUUGAAUAAACUCGUUAUUUUUCUUUUUUGUGUGCAAAAAAAUAUCCUUACAGUUUUAUAAAAUUACGGUUGAACCACUGAUGGCACAUGGACUAUUUAGUCGAUAUUCUUGGUAACUUUCUGGGCCUUUAACGUGGUAGGAUCCUUGCUGUCUAUGCAGAGUCAGAUAGCUCUUGGAUUUCAUCAAAAAUACGUUUGGUGAACUAUCCCUUUAACCUUUUAGCACCACUCACCAGAACAUUUUAUUUCCAUUGCAUGCCAAAUUUAGGUUAAUCUGUUUCAGGAAAAAUUGAAUGUGUUUUUAGCACUAAUUGUUAUUUCACUUUGAACGUGUCACAAAUGUGCAAGAGGCAGCUUAUCAUUUUGCACAGACGUCACUACAACCAUGGUUUUCCAAUGAGCCUUGGUUGAGAAUAUGUACAGAUUAAGGAAAGUGUAAAAGCAGCACACAAUAAAUGUUCAGCUCAUCUCUUAUAAACUCUGUUUAAAGACUUCUGGGCACUUUUGAUUUGAGCUUCAUAUCAAACGUGUGUGCCCAUAAGUCACAGAGAACCAUUUAGAGAGAUAUGAAUGGACUAGAAUAGUAGAUAGAGAGCCUGUGACAAAGAUAAUAAUAAUAUAAUGGAUAAUAAUAGAUAAUGGAAUGUGAUCGUACUAAAGAAAGCCAAAGAAAAAUGGGAAAUUUGAGACUGCUGUUUUUUUCUUGUGCCUUAGAGGUGAGGAUGAGUAAGAUGACUAAGUUCUCUAGUUCGUUGUGCAGUACAGAUAACUGAUUUUCCGUAAUAUCAUGUUGAUACAAAGUUACACUAAAAAGGGUAGAAAGUGUUUAAUGUCCACCUGACAUCUAGUGGUGUGGAUACUGAUGCCAUUGGCCUGUCACAAUUAAUAUUAUCCACAAGUGAAUUUAUUCUAUAACAAAGUAGUUUUAAUAUAAAAUAAGUAAUUCAUCUGGUCAUGUGAUCGCAUUAUGGCCGCCCCAUUAUUCGACCAGUAAAGCAUCUGUUACACUCUUAAAAAUAAAGGUGCUUCACGAUCCCAUAGAAGAACCUUUUUUGUCUAAAUGGUUCCAUAAAGAACCUUUAACAUCUGAAGAACCUUUCUGUUUUACAAAAUGUUCUUUAUGGUGAAAGAAGGUUCUUCAGAUUAUAAAAAGGUGAGAAAGAGAUGGUUCUUUAAAGAACCUUUGACUGAAUGGUUCUUUGUGUAACCAAAAAUGGUUCUUCUAUGGCAUCGCUGUGAAGAACCCUUUAAAGCACCUUUAUUUUUAAGAGUGUAGGCUCAUGAUAUUUGAGUGGUAUGAGUGGAUAUUUGAUGUAUAUAUUUGGAAAACAUUUUAGUGCCGUCUUGUUGAAAUCCAUCCACAUAAACCAUCAUGAGUGAACUCUAGAGAACAUGGUGGUUAUUCACAGCAGGCAGGAAGCUAAGCACUUGAGCGGAGUUGUAGACCAGUGUGUUGAAGUAUACUGAAUGGAAAAAGAGUGCAUAAUAUGAGGGUGUGAUGGUCAGGGCUGUAAGGGUACAGAAAGCAACAUAAGAGAAAGAAAAUGAGAAAGCGAACAGCCUGAGAGACCACCUGCUGAGGCUGCAGAGAAAACAAGACCAACACAGUAAGAAAGGUUAAAAUGUUUGCUUGAUGGCUCUCUGGAGUAUCAUGGCAAAUAACAGCCAUGUGUCACAUGAAACAAACUCAUUUUCAAUCAUCGUCGAUAUGACUUUUUAUUGUGAUUUUAUUGUUGUUGCCUUCAAAUCCAUACCUUUCCUACGUGUGCCUGAAAUAAGGCUACACAAUAACUCAUUUUUAUGGCGCUAAAUUGAGUGUUUUAGAUCAGUAGUAAUCAGAUUCACAGUUUACAUGCCUUUAGACUGUGCCUCCAUGCUCAUAGUGUCAUGAAUCACAAAAAUGAAUUCAAAACCCAUCUGAAUUGAUGUUGAAUCAAUAUAAUGUACAUCCCACAGUUGAUGUUGUGGUGUUAAAAUAAAUAUGUUAGUACUGCAGUUAAUACUGGAUUUAAAUAGUUUAUUGUUGGUGUUAAUGUGUCUAGUUAUUAUUUCCGUAAUUGAGACUGAAAUUCAGAUUUUUAUGAUGUAUUCAUUUUAAAGGGGGGAUAACAAAUUGUUAAAAAAGCUUUUCUUAUAAAUCACGCUUUAAAUGUUUAUGAAGUUUGUGAUGUUUAAUAAUGGAUUUCCACCAAUCCAUUAUAAUCCACUAAAGUUUAAUGAGUUUGUUUUGCAAAUAAGUGAAUAAAAUGGAAUUAUGUUGUUCUUGUGACUCAAUUUGUAUUAGUCAGAUCAUUAAAAUAAGUAAUACAUCUUU